GAAGGAGAGGAUGACUUUUUGGAGAUUUCAAAAAAAAAAAAACACACAUUACGCCGAGUAUGCCGAGAUCCGAGAAAUCCAUUUGGAUGUCCAGCCACCGGCGGGGGGACACAGUCACCGUGAAUAUGUUUCACCGGCGGAAAGCGAAUCGAAUGAUUUCGUCAGGCUCGUCGGCGAUUCUUCUAUUUUUCAUUUCUAGCAUUGUAUUUUGUGCUCCCUCUCUGGCGGAAGGAUCAGGAGGAGAAGAAGAUCCUCGCCGAAUCAUGCUGAGCUUCAAGGAGACGCCUGGUGGAGUAAACGCCUCCUUCGAAUGUUCUCCAUCUGGUCCUUGCGUUCCUUGUGCCUACUCCGAGAAGAAUGAUGCAAAAUAUCGCUGCAGUGAAACUGGAUAUCGAAUUCCAUUCAAAUGCGAGGAAAUUAGAGACCGUACAGUGGAAGAAAAGGGAAAGAUAAUUCACAACCGAUCUGAUUUAGAGAGUGAAAUUUCUCACACAUACCCAAUAAGGCAAAGAAGUUUGUUACAAGAUCCAUCCACUUCUGCGAGUGGAUUACAGGCUUACAUAACUUACAGAAGCUGUAUAACUACAGUUAGUGAAGAGAGUUUGUCAGUACUUGGUUUUGAGGGAAUAAUGUUGGGCUUGCUGAUGAUAAGUGGUUCAACUAUAUACUACAAAAGAAGGCGAGCCAAUGCAGCUUCUGGUGGCAUGCCUGCAAGGGUUCCUAAGAAUUCUUGGUUUUGAAUCAAAUGGCGCCAUCGAUUGAAGGUUACCCCAAAAUAUGUCUCUAAAAUCGCCCAGGUGGAGAUGAUGCUAUGCCGGUCGAGGCGUACAAUUUAUGUGGCUAAAACCAUAUACUCUGUCUGUUUAAAGGAUGACUCCUUGCCCAAUGACUUAAAGGAGGCCAAGAAGAUACUAAGGAUGGCUCUAAGUUAUGAAACCAUGGGAUCCUUUCAAAUUUGGCAGAGUUUGUUUCUGCAUUGUCCAUAUUCAGUAGAGUUCAAUAUAAUCUGAUCUUUUUUCUUCUUGUGUCUCCAUCUCAUAGAGUACACAACUUUUUCCGAUUUUCGAUAUUAGCUGGUGAAGUACAAAAUUCUUCCGAUCAUCCUUGGAUUUGACAAGUUUUUGUGUAGAGAAAUACUCCUUCCGUCCCAAUAUAAGAUUCCUCAUUUG